AAAAAAUUAUAUAUAUUUAGAUUUGCUAAAUAUGUUUCUUUAUUUUUACAGACUAUCCGGAAGAUUUAUGACCGAUCGAAAAAUAUCUUUAAAUGAUAAAGACGCAUGAUUAAUAAUAAUAAAUUUUUACUCUGAAAGGUGCAAAAGCUAAAAAUUAAUGUUUCCGCGCAAAUCAGAAACACAUAUUUACAACGUGUCAUGUACCGGCAUGUCGAAAGUUAAAAUUGUUAGCAAGCUGCUACCAAAUUUUUUAAUUUACAUGCUUGUAUACGUACAGAUAAAGAAAAUAUUAUUAUACAUAAUAAUUAAUAUAUUAAAUUGAUUCAUGUAAGACAUUUUCUCUUUGCGCAAUUUAUGGAAGUUAAGAAUCGCCGGCACUAUACUUACCAAUCAUAAAAUAAAGGGUUUAGGGCGAUAUUGGGUCAUGGACAGAAAGACGGAUGAAUGUAACCUCCGCGUAAAGCGUACUUUUACAAAGGAAAAAAUUCAACCACUUACGUGAAGGCUGUCCGUGACCUAGCACCAUCACUUAAAGCAAGUGGUGAUCAACUUUGCGAUAAAGGGCCGCAUUGAGAGAAUAAUUCUGCAACGAACUCAGCCUUUCAACCUCCAGGCAAUAAAACCAUAUUUGGAUAAGAUCACGCCCAUUUUCUAUCAAAUAACAAGAGCACCUAUAUAUACGCAAGUAUUACGUAUUUGUUACACAUAUGACAGUGCUUAUGUCAGAGAAUUUGGAGAAAGUGUGUCCUUGACGAGUUCUACAAUAUCAUGAUGCGCGAUCUUAAUUUCGUGGGGACCACGCCCGGAAUUCGCCAAUAUUCCCCCUUCGAGCGACUAUUCUACCUUUCCUUUACACCUUCGUAUGCUCCUUUCUUAAUGAUUUCCCACAAAGAAAUAUACGUCUCCCUCUCCCAUCGGCCAUGCCCAAUCACCUCGAACAAAGUAGUGCCCAAAAUUCGAUCGAAACCCCCUACAAUCUUACACGGAUAUAAAUAGUGGUCGACAGCUACCAUUUCAGCAGAACUCAGUAGUUGCUCCACUUCAGACAAGCAGAAUGGCAUUCAAGUUCGUUAUACUCGCAGCCUUCGUGGCAAUGGCUAGCGCCGGCGGGCCGGCGGCCUACGACAUUGGCACCCUGUCUGCCGACCUCAGCAGCAUUGGCUACAGUCAGGAAUCCACGCAGAAGGGCUACGCCGGCCAGAACGUGGUGUCCUCGUACAGCCGGGCCGAGGACUCCGCGCAUUCGUCGGUACGCGUGAGCAACAGCCACGUGAGCAACGACGCCUUGCUGGAGCACGCCAUCGGCUAUGCCGCGCCAGCCUUGGCCAAGCCCCUGAUCGCCGCACAGCCUGUCAUCGCCAAAGCUGCUUACGCCGCACCGGCCUUGACGACAUACGCCGCUCACCCUGCUCCGAUACUCGCCAAAACCGCUUAUGCCGCCGCGCCCGCUUACGGAUACGCCGCCGCACCCGCUUACGGAUACGCCGCCGCACCCGCUUACGGAUACGCCGCCGCACCCUCGUACGGAUACGCCGCUGCCGCGGCCGCCCCAGUUCUGGCCGCCAAGGCAGCUUACACCGCUGCACCCGCUGCCUACAGCUACGCCAGUCCGCUCAUCGCCAAGACUUAUGCCACCCCGCUCAUCACUAAGACCGCCGCGUACACUUAUUCCGCGCCGGCAACCCCCGUGAUCGCCAAGACCGCUUACGCAGUUGCACCUGCAGCUACCUACGCCGCCGCUGCUCCGUUCAUCACCAAGACCGCCUAUGCCGCACCUGUUGCCGCUGCUCCAGUUUUGGCUAAAACCGCGAUCGCCGCGGCGCCGGCUCUCGCAUACACCGCUCAUGCCGCACCGGCUCUCGCGUACUCCGCUCACAGCACACCGAUAGUCGCCAAGACAUAUGCCGCCCCUUACUCUUAUGAGACAGCCGCGCCCGUGGUACACGCCGCUUUCAGCGGUUUUGGCACCAGCUACGCCUGGUAAACGAAUUGAUGCAUACUUAAUGCAUGUAAGCGGUUCGCCAUGACAACGAUUUUGGAGAUUGUAGGUCUCUCGCGUCAGCGAGCUCCUCAAUGUUACCGUAUUCCCUUUGGUACAUGCAAAAGCUUUACAUAGGUGUGUAUAUAAUAUAUAUAUAGUAAUAUUUAUAUUUAUACUUCACUGUAUUGUAUGCAUAAAACCCUUCAAAAUAACAGAAUAUACGCAACAUAUUUUGAAAUACAUUUUUAUACCAAGAGUUUUUCCAGAUUAGCAGUAAAUAGAAAUUUUAUUGUAUUAGAUUUGAAUAAAAUGUGCUUGUUAUACUAUGAUGGAAAUAUCUACAUCUUUAUUGUGAUCUAAUUUAUAUAUAUAU